CGAUUUUCCGACCCGACCCCAGACAGCCCCGGUUGGAUCUGCACAAAGGAGCUUCGCUUCAAGUGUUCCGACAGACGAUGCUGCCGACUUGCUAGGCUGACUCUGUUCCACCCAUUUACUUUUGCUUCACCUCCAUGUCUGCCUCCCAACCACGCCCCAAGAGGGCGGGCGAAGACUUCAUCCGCACCCAUCAGGAAGAUGACGACCCCACCAGCCCUUCCAGCAAAAAGCCUCGAUUUGACCUACGAAAUCCCUCUGCUCUUGCCCCCGACGCGCUCGAAGACGAUGCAGUUCUAGACGCCGACGAAAUCGGACGGCGCGGGCAACAAGUGCGCCGCAAAGCCAUCAACCUCGACGGUUACGACUCAGACAGCGAGAACGAAGGAUUCUCGGCGCGGGCCGAUGCCAAAUCGAAAGCGGAUAAAGCAAAAGAUGACGCGGAGGACGAUGAUAUGUUUGCCGAGUUGCAGGAAGACUUUGGGGCCGAGGAUGUUGAUGCCGAUGACGCUCUGCGGAAAAACAAGAAAACCGUGCGAUUCCUUCGGGACGACGAGAUCGAGGGGCAAGUCGCUUCAUCGAAAAGCGGUGGAACGCUACAUGCAGAUCUUCGACAAGGUGCCGAUACCGUUGGCGACGACGAAGAAGAGAGCGAGAGUGACGUCGGGGAUGAAGAGCGUGCAAAACUUGACGAGGGACUAGAUGAAGAGCUAGGUGCUGGGGCCAAAAAGAAGCAUGCGCCCGUCCUAGACGCGUUUAAUAUGCGUACUGAGCAGGAGGAGGGCAAAUUCGAUGAUCAGGGCAACUACAUACGUAAGGCAGUAGAUCCGGAUGCGGUCUACGAUUCCUGGUUGGAAGGCGUUUCGAAGAAGGACAUUCGACUCGCCAAGGAGGCUGCAGACAAACGGGAGGAGGAAAGAAAGGAGAAGGACAAGCAGAGUGAUAGUGUGCUAACAGCCGACGCUUUGAAGAUUCUUAUCACCCAUCUAGAACGAGGCGAAACGAUAUUGGAGGCGCUUGCCAGGAUUGGAAAGGGGGCCCAGAGGAAGCCAAAGUGGCAGGCAAAUCGGAACAAGAAUCGGAAAAAGCAACAAGUGGCUGGGACGGAGGAUAGCGAGAUGACCGAUGAGGACCCAAAGGAAGCGGCCAGAAAACAAGCCAUCGAUGCAAUCACCGGCGCCGCCGAUAUUCUCAUGACGAGAGGACAGGCGGAGGUUUAUGACACUGAACGCGAGAUUCUCACCAGGCAAUACCGCCGCGAGACCGGUGAAGCCUGGGUUGACCCUCCUUUAGGGGAUUCAGGGCCCGCCGAAGAAUCCCCUACAAUGUGGGAAUUCCGUUGGUCCGAUGCUCGGGAUGGUGGCAUUAUCCAUGGCCCAUAUGAUAGCAAUGCAAUGGAGUCGUGGAAGAAUGCUGGGUAUUUUGGCGAAGGAGUAGAGUUUCGAAGGACAAACACCGAUCAGUGGGGUAGCGAAGCCAAUUUUGCGUGACAAGGAAAGGGCCAAGUCGAUCGUAAAGAUGCUCUGUACAGUAACAGCUACGGAUACCCUAUGCGGGAGAGUUGUAUUAAUUGAAUCAUUAUCAUUCGAGCCUGGCUAGGCUCUCUCUUGGAAGUUAGGUCCCAAAUAUAGCAGUACCCAGAA